AUGGGGGGGGGACUUGAGGGGGGUGAGGAAGGGCUGGGAGCUGUCCUCAAGCCUCCAGCACGACCCUUUGGUUCCCUGCAGGCAGUGUUUUGCUGGAGGAAUGACUCCAGUUCUGCUUUUUCUCUCCUGUCCCAAGCAGUGUGGAAGCUUUUUUGCCAAAGGUUAAGCGAGGAGGAGGAGGAAGAGGAGGAGGAGGAGGACGGGGGAGGUGGAAGAGGAGGUGGAGGAGGAGGAGAGGGAGGAGGAGGAGAAGGAAGAGGUGGAAAAGAGGAGAUAAAGAGGAGAGCAGCACUGAGGAGAGAGCCUCUGCUCACCUCUAACCUCUGCUCACCUCCAGCCCCUGCUCACCUCCAGCCCCUGCUCACCUCCAGCCUCUGCUCACCUCCAACCUCUGCUCACCUCCAGCCCCUGCUCACCUCCAGCCCCUGCUCACCUCCAGCCUCUGCUCACCUCCAGCCCCUGCUCACCUCCAGCCCCUGCUCACCUCCAGCCCCUGCUCACCUCCAGCCCCUGCUCACCUCCAGCCUCUGCUCACCUCCAGCCCCUGCUCACCUCCAGCCUCUGCUCACCUCCAGCCCCUGCUCACCUCCAGCCCCUGCUCACCUCCAGCCUCUGCUCACCUCCAGCCCCUGCUCACCUCCAGCCCCUGCUCACCUCCAGCCCCUGCUCACCUCCAGCCCCUGCUCACCUCCAGCUUCUGCUCACCUCCAGCUUCUGCUCACCUCUAACCUCUGCUCACCUCCAGCCUCUGCUCACCUCCAGCCUCUGCUCACCUCCAGCCUCUGCUCACCUCUCCCUUCUGCUCACCUCUCCCUUCUGCUCACCUCUCCCUUCUGCUCACCUCUCCCUUCUGCUCACCUCUCCCUUCUGCUCACCUCUCCCUUCUGCUCACCUCUCCCUUCUGCUCACCUCUCCCUUCUGCUCACCUCUCCCUUCUGCUCACCUCUCCCUUCUGCUCACCUCUCUCUACAAGCCCCCAGGGUGGUGGUGGUGCUGCUGGUGCUGCUGCUGCUGGGGUGAGCCUGCCUGGGUGGUGCUGCUUAACCCCUGCAGGCUUUUGGCCCUUUGCUGCAGCCAUGAGCAAAUCUCUCUCUGUUUGGGGGUUGGGAUUUUUUUUAUCUCUCUCUCUAUAUUUUCCCCCCUCCCCCUUUUUUUUUUAUCAUGGAAAUGUUGCAACUGCUCAAGUGAAAAGUGGCAAUAUGAUGAUAAGCUUGUUUGAGUUGGGUCAUGUUGACCUGAUUCCCCAGGAAUUUUGUAGCCCUCCUCCCUCCCACUCCCCUCUCUGGUUUUGUAGCAUCACUUUUCCUCUGUCUCUCCCAUGUCUGUGUGUGUAUAUAUAUAUAUAUAUAUAUAUAAACCAACAAAUCACUCCCCUGCCAGGUGCAAAACCCCACAGUGAACUCAGCUCUCUUUUCUUUCUUGCUGGAUGAUGCCAAACCUGCAGUAGAAACCCUGCAGUGCAGCCCCCCCCCAGCCCCCAGGAUGCAGAGGUCAGUGGGGAUUGCCUGCAGCAAGCUGCAGUGUGGUGGUAGGCAGUGGGGUAGGCUCCUGGGGGUCUCUUGAGGGGCCUGGGGAGGGGUUGGUAGGUGUUGGAUGGCUGCUGGGGGUCUCUUCAGGGGCCUGGGGAGGGGUUGGUAGGUGUUGGAUGGCUGCUGGGGGUCUCUUGAGGGGUCUGUGGAAGGGUUGGUAGGUGUUGGAUAGCUGCUGGGGGUCUCUGAGUGCCCUGGGGAGAGGUAGGUAGGAGUUGGAUGGCUGCUGGGGGUCUCUGAGUGCCCUGGGGAGGGGUUGGUAGGAGUUGGAUGGCUGCUGGGGGUCUCUGAGUGCCCUGGGGAGGGGUAGGUAGGAGUUGGAUGGCUGCUGGGGGUCUCUGAGUGCCCUGGGGAGGGGUAGGUAGGAGUUGGAUGGCUGCUGGGGGUCUCUGAGUGCCCUGGGGAGGGGUAGGUAGGAGUUGGAUGGCUGCUGGGGGUCUCUGAGUGCCCUGUGGAGGGGUAGGUAGGUGUUGGAUGGCUGCUGGGGGUCUCUUGAGGGGUCUGUGGAGGGGUUGGUAGGUGUUGGAUGGCUGCUGGGGGUCUCUGAGUGCCCUGGGGAGGGGUAGGUAGGAGUUGGAUGGCUGCUGGGGGUCUCUGAGGGGCCUGUGGUGGUGUGGAGGAGGUGAGGUUGAUGCUGUUGGGCAGCUCCUGGCAGCCUCUCACGUUGUAGAGGAGCAGCAAGGUCAGAGCCCAGCCUGAAGUCUCCAGAGGUCCUUUGCCUUCCUUUCUCCAUCUCAUCACCUUCCUCCCUGUGGUAGACUCUCUAGGGGCUGGUUGAAUGCUCUGCUGAAGGUCUCCUCCCCUCUCCCCUUCUCUCCUCCCCUCCCCCCCACCUCUGUACAGGUUUUUGGUUGGUUUUUGGGGGGUUUCUUUGGUUUGUUUUGUGGCUGUUUGGGGGUUUGGUUGUUUUUAUUUGGUGUGUCCCUCUCCAGAGCAUGGAUGGAUUUGGUGUACUCUAGGAAGGUCUUCAGGAUGUGGUAGUAGUUUGCAUUUUUUAAAAUAAAAGGAAAAAAAAAAAAAGACCAAAAAAAAAUCAAACAAAAAAAAAAAACCCAAACAAAAAAAAAGGAAAAAAAAAGAGGAAAAUAUUAAAAAAAAAAAAAAAAGGAAGGAAAAAAAAAAAAAGAGAGAACCAAAAUUUGACUUCUUCUAACCAUGAGGGUUUGGGGUUGGUUUUUUUUAGCUCAGUGACCUGCCCUAAGUGGUCCUGGGUUUGAUGAGCCCAGGGGGAGGGGUUCUGCCCAUUGGAGGGGUCCUGCCUAUGGGAAGGAUCCUGCCCAUGGGAGUGGUUCUACUCGUGGGAGAGCUUCUGCUCAUGGGAGGGGUCCUGCCCAUUGGAAGGGUCCUGCCCUUAGGAGGGGUUCUACUCAUGGGAAGGGUCCUGCCCGUUGGAAGGGUCCUGCCUGUUGGAGGGGUCCUGCCCAUGGGAAGGGUCCUGCCUAUGGGAAGGAUCCUGCCCACGGGAGGGGUUCUACUCGUGGGAGAGGUCCUGCCCAUGGGAGGGGUCCUGCCCAUGGGAGGGGUCCUGCCUAUGGGAAGGAUCCUGCCCAUGGGAGGGGUUCUACUCGUGGGAGAGGUUCUGCUCAUGGGAGGGGUCCUGCCUGUGGGAAGGGUCCUGCCUGUGGGAGGGAUCCUGCCCAUUGGAGGGGUCCUGCCCGUUGGAGGGGUCCUGCCCAUGGGAGGUAUCCUGCCCAUGGGAGGGGUCCUGCCCAUGAGGGAGGUCUUGCCCAUUGGAAGGGUCCUGCCUAUGGGAAGGAUCUUGUCCAUGGGAGGGGUCCUACUCGUGGGAGAGGUUCUACUCAUGGGAGGGGUCCUGCCCAUUGGAAGGGUCCUGCCUGUGG